GCUAUGGCAAUUUGCACAGAUCAACACAUAUUAGAUAAAUUCGCUGCUUAUGACGAGCACGUGUUGAGAGCAACCAUCGACUGACAGACACAGCGGGAAUCCUAACGCAUGGAUGUUUUUUCUGCAUAAAAGUGGUUGAAUUUGAAUGGGAUACUUCAUUAAUCGUUAGUGUCUGCAACAAGCGAUCCAUGGUAUGUGCAUAAAUGCUUUGGGGAUUUUGUUUAUUGCUGUUUGCUGCCACGCUGGAUAAGUCCUUGUGCAGAUGGUAGUGUAGAGUUGUUAGGAGCGUGUGUGGUUACAGCAGUCUGUCUUCCGAGAGUGUCACGAUGUACAGGCAGAGUGGCAGCUGGUACGGCCUGCUUUCCCGUAUGCUGCGUUAACGGACGACCACAAUGAAAGAGCAAUUACAUGGUUUUCGGCAAACCGUCAUCGAAUACUGAACUGGAAAGAAGACGGUGACCUUGGCGCAUAGGUUAGCGGUGGAACCUGAGGUCAGAGGUCAAUACGUAGUCAAGUGUUUGGCCCUGUGAAGAGCGGACGGACAUCAAUGGCUUGAAAACAACGAGUUAAGGUUGUUGAGUAAACGGUUGAGGAAACCUUUGAUAUAUUUGCUUAUAUCACUUAAGACACUCUUUCAGCGGUGGUGCUGAGGCAGCGGAAGAACCCUGUUCACAUCCUGAACAGGAAGAAUACCAUAGACCGACAUCCGAACACAACAAAUAACCCAUGGAUUAGAUACAGCGUGAAGAGGGCGUUUGAUCUCGGGAGGGCACCUGUUGCAGUCAAACACAGCAGGUCAAACAGACAGGGAAACGAGUGCAAUGAAACAUAGGAAGAAUUACCACCACGUUCCGGACUUCAAAGGCUGUGGUCCAGAUUGGAUGUGCUUAUUCGAGGCUUGACCUUCACCUUUGACAGAAACAGCGUCAACGUCCAGCCAUGUUUGCAGCGGCGUCACCGGGUGGACUGUCCUGUUCGCCUGGCGACAUGUCUCUCCAGAGACGUCCAUCUUUCCCCCAGGGAGGGCUCGACUGGCAUUUACGAAGAAAAAGUAGCAGCAACAGAUCCUCAAAGGUUACAGCAGCUACUCUCACCUUCGCCGAUGAUGAUGAUGACAACAACGACGCCAGUGUUAAUGGGUGCACGUGCCCGGAUGACAAGAAAACGUCGAGUUUGCUUACAACAGACGACAAUGCAAACGACAAGAGUAGCAAGCAGCAGACGUGUACCAACGUCAAUUGUAAGAACUAUCGACAGCCUAAGCGACGUCAGCUUCGACGACGUUCACGAGCAACCGUCGUCAUCAACGUCGGCGGACAACUUUUUGAAACGUACAGAUCGACGCUUAGACGUCUUAAGAACUCGGUAUUGUCCGACGACAACCAGAUGAGGAAGUUUUACCGUGCAGACACGGGAGAUUACUUUUUUGACAGAGACCCCAUGGCGUUCGGGUCGGUGUUGAAUUAUCUGAGGACUGGGGAGCUGCAUAUCCCCUCCAAUAUGUGCGGCCCCUCCCUUCAGAAUGAGCUGACGUUUUGGGGGAUAGAUGAACUGGACAUUGAGCGAUGCUGCUGGACACAAUACAACACGUGGAAAACACAAAGCAGGUCGCUGGAGAAGCUGGAGUAUGACCGGAAGUUGUCCACAACACAGGACUCCGUGGUUGACAAGGACAAUGUGGGAUGCUGGACCCGAUACAGGUCCAGGUUGUGGACCUUCCUGCAGGAUCCUACGUCAUCAAGAGGAGCCAAGAUCUACGCCUGGGUUUCCAUCAUAUUCGUCCUCGUCUCAAUCUUCUCCUUCUGCGCAGAGACUCACCCGCACUUCCGGGUAAAACCGGAAGACAUCCGACAAUUUAGAACAUUGUACGAGUUCCUCAAUUUCCAGAAAAUAGACUGGAGCAAAAAUGUAACACUACAUAACAUGACAACCAACGGAAGUGACGUCAGAUCAGGUUGCAGUGGCACUAAGAAAAAGGAAAAAGAUCAGCUAGUGCCACACCCAUGUCUUGUGAUGAUAGACUUAUCAUGUCUGUUGUUUUUCUCGCUGGAAUACUUCACACGUUUCCUCUGUUCGCCGAGUAAAAAGAAGUUUAUCCGAGCCUUACAAAACAUCAUCGACUUUGUCGCCAUUGUACCGGACUAUAUUGAGUUCUUGUUUUUGGUUUUUGAUCCCCUUGGACGUCAAGGAAUGCCCAUAAUGGACUUCAUCUUUAUUCUGCGCAUGCUCCGUUUGUUCCGGAUCUUCCGGUUGAUCCGCCAUGUUCCCGGGUUAUGGAUUCUCUUGUACACCCUAAAAGCGAGUUUCAACGAACUGAUGUUGAUGUUUGUGUUUCUGCUGAUUGGAAUGGUAGUGUUUGCGUCCCUCAUCCAUUUUGCUGAAAAUGAUAACGGAUUCGAUAACAUUCCUAUAGGAUUCUGGUGGAGCGUGGUCACCAUGACAACCGUGGGUUAUGGGGACAUGUAUCCUCAAACUGCUAUAGGUUAUAUUGUAGGGUCUCUGUGUGCAGUAGCAGGCCUUCUAAUGAUUGCCUUCACGGUGCCGAUCAUUGUGAGUAACUUUGUGCUGUACUACACGCAUGUGCAGUACGGACUCGCCCGUAGGGACCGUGACCGGGAACGGAUGCUGCAAGAAGAGGAUGAUGACGUAUCCAUCAACAGUGCGCGUUCAGCAACGACGAAGCCCCCGGUAAAGCCUGCUGUAGAUACUGCUGCUAUUGAACUUGGAGAAAAUAUUUCUCUUACAGUAACCUGUGAGAAAGACUCACAGGAAAAGGGGAAGUAAUCAUGUUUGCCGACAAGCUAUAGGGUACAGAGGGAGCUUUAUCACACUUGCCACCGCUAGGCAUUACGUCAUUUGGAUGGCGGAACAUGUAUAGGUCUUGUCAGGAGCAGUUUUGUAAUAGAAGGAAACGUUAUUUAAGAUCAACAAUAAUAUUCGGACAAAGGGAAAAAUUAAUGAAGUUUCAUGUCUUCGUGUUACACUACUAAAUGCCAAUGAAAGCCUACAUAUGACUAUUCCUGGAACAUACAUGGUAAAAUGUAUACGUUCCGUACUCCCAGAGAUACGUAGCGUACUCAUAUUAAUGUAUUGAUGAAGGUGUAUUGUUGAAACUUUGUUUACAAGCAGAAGCCAGACAUAUGUACUUCUUAAUCAUGUUCUUAAUCACUGAACUCGGGAUAUAACGAAUUUCAGCAGACCCACAGUCAGUUCAUUAUAUCCGAAGUUCAUCAUAUCCGAGACUCGUUGCUCGUAUCGUCCAUUGAGUACCACUAAGAAUAUUGCAGUUUCGUUACAUCGACUGUUCGUUAUAUCCGACUUAGUUUUAUGCAGAGUGGUUUAUAGAGCAUACUCGUGCUUCGACUGUGUCGACGUCGGCUGUAAUCCUUCCAAUGUUCUUGUUCCUUUGAUCCACACAGUAUUGUACUUGUAAUCUGGUUAUUCAGAGGUUAUGGGCAGCUGGGUAGUUAAGAGGUUAAAGUGCUCGCUCGUCACGACGAAGCCGGACCGGGUUCGAUCCCUCACCAAAACGGUGUAAAACUCAAUCAGGGUUGGAAUUCUGUAUUUUUGUUUGAUGCAUAUUAUUAUGAGUAUAGGGUCUUAUGAACCUAUUCCUCCAUCUAUCCCAUCAUGGAGACAAGCAUGGGGUCUCAAGACCUAUUCUACCCUUUAUUAUAAAGGUUCUUUAUUGUAGAGGUCACGGGGACCAAUUAAAUCCUCCACUUAGAAAACAGGCCGUAAAAUGAAAAAGACGCGAUAAAUGCUCACACAGGCAUGUGCCGUAUACUCUAAAUAUUCGUUAUGUACGAUGUUUCAUAUUUCAUAUUCG